GAUUGAAACGCAUUCUCGUCAGUGUUUUCAUCUUGGUAACAUUGUUCCAAUUCACGUUUCGCCAACAUGACUGGUCGUGGUAAGGGAGGAAAAGGAUUGGGUAAAGGAGGCGCCAAGCGUCAUCGUAAAGUUCUUCGUGAUAACAUCCAAGGUAUCACUAAGCCGGCCAUCCGUCGUCUGGCUCGUCGUGGUGGAGUCAAGCGUAUCUCUGGGCUUAUCUACGAAGAGACUCGUGGUGUUCUCAAGGUCUUCCUCGAGAACGUCAUUCGUGAUGCCGUCACGUACACUGAACACGCCAAAAGAAAGACAGUCACUGCUAUGGAUGUUGUUUACGCAUUGAAACGUCAAGGACGCACUCUCUACGGUUUCGGAGGUUAAAUUCAUAUUCACUCUUCAAAAAAUAAACCAAACGGCCCUUUUCAGAGCCACCAAAUUUUUCAGACGA